UGGGAGAUCAGUGCGAUUAGCUUUGGCCGUUUGGCGGCCAACCUUUUCCCAUCCGCUUCUUUGAACACACCCUCUCUCUCUCUCUCUCGCGAUCUACCAAAUUAUCCCUGGUUUCCUACGGCGCGACUUGAAUCGUUGAUUGAAUGUGCUCUGUCGAGCCAAUUUGGAUAUCUUCCUUCGAUGAUUCGAAGUCCGAAUAACUUUGGUGUCAAAGGGGCGAAUCUCUCAAUUCUCGUCGGAUAUUUGUUAUAGCAGGCGAAUUGACUGUAUCUGUGUAUCUUUGAGGUGGUUCCGGUGCAUCCGAGAGUUGUCUUGGGAGAACAUUGGCUUUUCCGGGAAAAGUGAUCCAUGGAGUAUGACCCAUCCGAUAGUAGCGGAACUGAUGAUGAUCUUCCACCAUCUCAUUACAAUAGGGGUGCAAGAGGAGGACAUGUAUAUGGGAAUGGAAGAGCUACUUUUGGUGCUAUUCCAUAUUCUAAUGCACCAAAUGAUAUGGAGGUCCAAAUACACUGGCUUGAGCAAGAUUCAUAUAGUUCAGUUCGUUGAGCAUUUAAGGCUCAAUCUGAUGCCAUUACUUGGUUUGUCUUCAAGAGAAGGAAAGUCUUAUAACUGAGCUCAGAAAGGAGCUGAGGGUGUCAGAUGAGGAACAUGGAGAACUGUUAAGCAAAGUUAAUGCUGAUGGCAUCAUUUGGUGAAUAAGGUGGACUCCAAACUGGAAUGCUUAGUAAUUCUCAACCAGAAAUAACAAUACCAAGUCCUACUGUAUCAGCAUCUUGAAAGAGGCAGAAGUCAUCUCAGUUAUACCUUCUCUCACAUUAGGUGCACCAUCUCCUGCUCUGCACUCACAGCUUGCUGCUUCCAUGCAGCCAUCAUUAUCAGCUGCAAAAAGAGGAGCUGCUGCAGGAACCAAAGGCAAGAAGCCUAAAUCAGUAAGUUGUUAAGUUGUAAUAAUCAGUUAUCUUUUGAAAUCUCUUUCUGACCUAGAUGUUGUUUCCUGAUAAUCUUAACCAUAACUUAUAGGGAUGCACAUAGCCCGGUGCAUCUUCUGCAAUGUCUAUGCACUACCCUUCUGCAGGUCUCAGUGGGAGGGGCCAAAUUGCCAAUGAGAACUAUUCUGGUGCUGUUGUGGCAGGUCUGCAUGCUUUAGUUGAUGAUACUGUCAUGUAUAAAGAGAGAUGGGAAUGGAUCAAUCUCAAAGAGAUUUGUCCAGAAGAUAUAAGAUGGGAGGUUGAGGAGGACCCAGGCAUUGUUCUUCAGUCUGGUCAAGUUGCAUCACGUCGUGGGGUUAAGAGGACCACAGCCCGUGGUGGUGGCAUUCCAGGUGCAGGUAGGGGUAGAGGAUCACUGAAGAAUCAGAAGAAGAAAGAUUUUCUUCUGUCCCAAAAUAGCAUUGGCAAGAAGAGCACUGGAAACAUCGAAAUACUCCAAACUGACACUCUAAUAAAAGAAGUAGAGAAACUUCUUGGUGCAAGUCAUCCUGAUCCUCUCAAGAUUGAGAAAGCCCAGCAAAUGUUAGAACAUGAACAGGCAUUGAUUGAUGCAAAUGCAAACCUAGAUGAUGCCUAUGAUGGCGAAAGAGUAUAGCCCAAACUCCAGUUCAGUUCUCACAUGGCAAACCCAUGGACAAAGAUCAAGGAUGGAGAAAUCCAAUGUAUGGUGGGAACCAGCAUGGAGCUAAUUACAACCAUGACAUGGCUGUCGAUGUUGGAGAAGGCUCUGAGGAUGAUCGAAUGGUUGCAGGCGGUAUCGCAUUGGGUUACCAGCAUUAUGCUACUGAUGAUGACAUGUAAGCUUGUAACCAACCUGCACUGAAUCUUCCACCACAUAGUAUGUCCACAGGGAUCCCUAACCAUGUAAAAUGCUUUAGCUAAGAUUCAUUUCUUACACGUGAGAAAUUAAUGGUGCCUUAAUCCUUGGUUGAAAACAUCUCCUGUAUGAGUUGUUUUCAGAAUUGUAUCUGAAGAGAGCAUCUUGGGGAAAUUUGGCCUUUGAUCAUU